UCUGGCUGUCAGUCUGGCUGCCUUUGGGCUGUAACCUCCAGCAACAAAAGUUAAAGAAGUAGUUGGAUUUUUUAUUUAUUGAAUACAAGUUGAAACCCAGGGGAGUAGUCAUAAAAAUACAUGGAUUAGUGAUCUAUUUUUUCUCCUGUGAAGACUAUUUUUAGACUCGGUGUGAACUACAGCAAGGCACGGGGAGUUUUUUGUUGCUGGAUUUGAGUUUUGCUUCACUCAACAUUUUCUUCCUUCAAAUCGCUUUGCACAUAGAAGUGUCAAAGUUAAACACAGGUUUCUACUGUAACAUUGCUUUUUAGCACAUAAGGGGUGAAGGUUGUGAAAGUGCGGAGCAAAUUCAGAGACCAAGGUUACCGUACCAAUGGGCAGCCAGACCAGAGACCCAGACGCCGCCCCCAGAGGCUCUCAGAGGACCUUCAUGGAGGACCUGAUGAUUACCUUUAGCUCCCCCAUGGCCUGGCUCCUCAUGAUCGCUCUCAUCAUCACAUGGUUUGGGGUCGCCAUCGUCCUCUUUGACCUUCUCGACUACACCACUCUGGCAGGUAAGGACAAGUAUACUUCAUACUGUGACGACCCCAAAUGUUUAUUACCUGGUCUGCCCCCUCCCUCGUCCAUUGGAAAAAGAGGAGUGAAGGCUCGAGCUGCUCGUCCAUUGAAGGCGGCAGUGGCAGUGGCGAGUGCGGUGACGUCCUGAGGAGAGCUCUGAUUGGCUGCAGACUCUGUGGUCAUUGGUAGCUGGGCUGGUAGCUCCCGAAGAUGAGGAGGAAGGUAUUCACCAGCUAACUGACCAGUUCACAUCUUUUCACAGCGAGGAGCUCUGAGAGAGAAGAGAGGGAGGAUCGAAGGGGAUGAGGAGUAAAGGAGCGAAGGAGAGAAGGAGGAAGAGUGGACAAGGACAUAGGAGACAGGAGACAAAAGAAAUGAUGUACUGUAGUUUAUAUGACCGCUGUGUUUCUGUGUCUGUUUUGAAUAACGAGCCAUUUUGAAAGCCUGUAGGACACUGUGAAAACUCUUCUGUUUGUAACUUUUGUUGAUUCAAAUAUGUGAAAAUACAAUAUAAAAAUGGA